AUUUGGGAUCAGUGUUUUUCGGUGGUUGAAAGGAGUGUUCUGUGUGCUCUGUAUCCGGUUUAUGUUCUUUUUUUUUUUUACUUAUCCUCAAAGAGGACAAAUUCCUCGCAACGAUGACCAAAUCAUCAGACGACGGCAAUUGAGUGCAGUGACAGCGGGUACUUUUUUUUUAGUCUGUUUCCACAUCCCCAUCCCCGGCGGAGCAUAAGAGAGAAAGAAAGGAAGUGACCCAUCGUCGUCGCGUAACAACAGCACCGGCAGCUAAGCUAGCAAAAGCAGCGGAAAGAGCGGUGGUUAACAAUGCAAACGAUAAAAUGCGUCGUAGUGGGCGACGGAGCGGUCGGUAAGACCUGCCUGCUCAUCUCGUACACCACCAAUAAAUUCCCUUCGGAAUAUGUACCGACCGUAUUCGAUAAUUACGCCGUCACGGUUAUGAUCGGUGGCGAACCGUACACGCUGGGACUGUUCGAUACUGCUGGUCAGGAGGAUUACGAUCGGCUUAGGCCACUGUCCUAUCCACAGACGGAUGUAUUUCUGGUGUGCUUCUCGGUGGUAAGCCCAAGCUCAUUCGAGAAUGUCAAAGAAAAGUGGGUUCCGGAGAUAACGCACCACUGCCAGAAGACGCCGUUCCUGCUCGUGGGCACUCAAAUCGAUCUGCGCGACGAGCAGAGCACACUUGAGAAGCUGGCCAAGAACAAGCAGAAACCAAUCACACUCGAGCAGGGUGAGAAGCUGGCCAAGGAGCUUAAAGCGGUAAAGUACGUCGAGUGCUCAGCGUUGACGCAGAAAGGGCUCAAGAACGUAUUCGAUGAGGCGAUUUUGGCCGCGCUGGAACCACCAGAGCCAGCGAAAAAGAGGAAGUGCAAGUUUUUAUAAAUCGCUCGAAACCAAUGAGCAUCGGGCGCCAGGCAGGACUCACAGCAAGCAGCAAACCACAAAAAAACGAACAUUCAACGUUGGUUAAGUAUAUACAUGUAAACAACUACCGCAACAGCAAAGAAAAAAGAAUACAAGAAGGCAGGUUUGCAAUGAAGCGAAGCGAGAGAACACAUUUCCUAUAGCAGUGGAAAGCAAGCGGCAGGAGCAGCCCCAGGAUUGAUAACAAAAGUUGGUUUGAAAGGUUUAACUUUACUAGUAACAGUAAAAAUAACACACACACAAAAGAUCGAAUAACGAUGGUAUUAUUGUAAAACUUUUUUGAGGCAAAGAAUUAAUGGUGAGAGAACCCCAUUACGCAGGUAGAAAAGGGCGAGAAAACUACACAGUAAAAAUAUAUUGCUAAUAUACAAUUAAAUAGUAAAACCAACAAAAACUAUGAGAGAGAGAGAGAAAACAAGAAAUUUAUACAGCUUUUUUACAAAACACAAGAAAAAUAUUAAAAGUGAUAAACACAACACAACUAAAUUGUAACGGAGGCAAAGGAAUGAGAUUAACAGAGGGGAGUAUCUGUCAUCGACGGACGUUUGUUCUGUUGUCUCCAGUAAGGAAAACGUAUCCAAUCAAUUGUUAUCUCUAACUUUUCGAAACCUCAUUAAUUCGUGUGUUCCGCAAAGGUGAUCGCAACACAUCUAAUCAUUAUUUCAUGCACUCCAAACAAGCGGUCAACUAACCACCACACAAAAGGCGUUGGUGAAUGAGAGCCCAAAAGAGAGUAUGUAUUAUUAUUACUAAUCCUCCCAGAAAGAAUAGAAUCAUUGUGCGAACGAGUUUUUCAUCGUUAUAGUUCCUCCGUCAGUUACAGCACCGUUUAGAGAUGCAAAAUCGUGUACACACUUUUUAACGGAGAACGCAAAAUUUUGAGUAAAAUCGAGUAAAACGACACAAAAGAGAAACUGAACACAGUGAUGGUGUUUUCUUUUGCAAUUAGGUUUUUCCUUCUAUCAAAUAAUUAAUAUAUUAAAGGUUAAUAUAAACAAGCGAUAGGAACGUAAAUAUAACAAAUUAAACAAAACCAUGCGCGAAAAGUCAUACUGACGGACAUCAUGCCGCAGCAGAAAAGUGUCCCGGUGCGUCUGCUAUGAUCAAAUCGUAUGAUUUAAUAGGCGCAUUUGUUCCUUCUCCACCUGGUUCAUUUCUCAUAUGUUACUUUGCGAUUCAUUGUUCAUCUUUCAGACAUAUUCGUUUUCCGAGUUGCAUUUCUUUCUUAACCAGUAUAACGAUUCCUUUAGUUUGUGUCAAAUGAGAAAGACGAUUUCAUUUCGAUUAUGAUUAGUAGUUCGACAUUUGUCCUUAACCGUGUUUAUUUUGUUUUUGUAAAUCUUGCGGAAUGCUACACUAGGAAGAAGAGAUUUAUAUUUAAUGAAAAAUAAUUGAAGAUAAAAGCGACAUUUUAUACCGCGACAUAAGAAGAAGAAUAAGUUUUUCUUUCGGUAAUGAAAAUAGGGGGCAAGAUUACAGGAUGUGUUCGCGCAUCCCUUUUGACCCAUUUGCAGAAGACGGAAGAGAAACAGCAUAAAACAAAUAACAGUAAAAUAAAGAAAAUAUGUUCUUUUAGUUCAGUAAGAAUACUAAACCAGCAACAAUAGAGCAAAGGUUUUGCGAAAACUUGGAAAUGAUUAAGAAAAAAACAAUUCUAAUAUAUAUUUCGUAUAUAUUUUAUUUUAAAGUGAAUAAAAUUAUUAACUUCAUGCCAAAAGCGUUAGAUAAA